UAACCCCUUUAUAGACAUAUAGGACUUUGUCUAUCAUACCGGUGUUAUUAAUUAACUGUUAAAACAUACAACAAAGUUAGUGCUACAUUUAUCUCCUUUGCUGUGGCUUCCAGGCCUGUUGAGAAAAUGCUAAACAUGUGCCUGUAACAGCAGCUGCAGGCCCCAUGCAUGUUGUUUGGAAUCUGACUUGAGCACAGAGUCACCGUCAGCCCUAAAAAUAACCGAACGACAGCUAGGCCGUCCCAAUGACUUGGCAAAAGCAUUUCGCCAUGCUGCCCACUCCAUGUUGAUCUAACCAGCUCCUCAACUGCAAACCGCUUUUUUACUGGAAGGAUGAGCCAUUAUUUCCAUUCUCUGCUUCUGUGGUAAACUCUCAAACUCAGUUUUUGACCACCCCUGCUGAAUUUGACCUACUAUUUUGAUCUAUACUUGACCAUGGUGCGCAACGUGGAUGACCUGGACUUCUGCCUGUCCUCCCAUCCUCAGAGCAUCCUGGAGGGCUUACGUUCCCUCUGCUCUCACCCUAAACUGGUCGAUGUAACACUGAGCGCGGGCGGGCGGGACUUCCCCUGUCACCGCGGCGUGUUGGCCCUCUGCAGCACUUACUUUCGCUCCAUGUUCUCAGGGGACUUUGUGGAAAGCAUAGCCGCACGCGUGGAGCUUCAUGAUGUUAAUCCUGAUAUACUCAGCUUCUUACUAGAGUUUGCAUACACAGGCAAACUAACCAUCAACCAGAGCAAUGUGGAGGGGUUAAUCUGCACUUCAAGCCAGCUGCAGUUCCAGACCGUGAGAGCCGUGUGCAGUCGAUACCUCCAGCACCAGAUUGAUGAAACCAACUGCCUGGGAAUCCUGGAGUUUGGGGAAAUUCAUGGCUGCCCUGAGGUGAUGGCCAAAGCUUGGGCCUUCCUCUUAGAGAACUUUGAGGCUGUACAACAAGGUGAGGAGUUUCUUCUGUUGGGAAAGGACAGAUUAGUUGCCUGCCUGUCUCACGAAGGACUACAAAUCCGAUCUGAAUGCACCCGUGUGGAGGCCAUCCUGAAAUGGGUCAGCCACCACAAGGAGUCUCGGCUCUGCCACCUCCCUGAACUCCUUAGCUUGUCCCGUCUCUUUCUACUCAGCCUGGACUACAUAGCUGACACCCUUCUGAAGGACAGCCUGGUGCAGGCCUCUCCCAGCUGCAGAGAGGCUGUGGAAAGAAUUCACAGGGAGAAAAUGGAUUUGGCACCAGAAUAUAUGGACAGACCCGACUCUCAGAGUCCACAACCGAACCUGCAAGAGGUGCUGUUUGUAAUGGGAGGACGUUCACUGGAUGACUCGGACGAUGAUGACUCAGAUGAAGAUGAGGACAGAGACCCAAGACUGCAAAGACUGCUGCUCAAGAACUGUGCCUUCUACAACACGAAGACAAAACAGUGGCAUGAGCUCCCUAAUUUCCCCAACCCAAACAAGUGGGGUUACUCCAUGGUCUCCUUGAACAAUGAUGUGUAUGUCUCAGGGGGCUCGCGAGGUUCGAAUACCAACACCUGGUCGACCACAGAGACCUGGAAGUACAUCACAAGAGAGGGGAGGUGGGUUACUGUGGCACCCAUGCUCCGACCUCGGACUAACCACACGUCUGCAACGCUCAACGGGGAGAUUUACGUCAUUGGAGGUACAACAGCAGACCAUGUUGAAGUUGAGCAUUACGACCCUUACAACGACACCUGGGCCUUGACGUGCCCUGCCUUAAAAUAUGUGACCAACUUCACCGCCACAGCGUGUUAUGGGAAGCUCUAUGUGAUUGGCUCGUGUGCUGUGAAGUACAAUGCUUUGACCAUGCAGUGUUACAACCCUGUUAUAGAUAGCUGGAUCAGCAUAUGUUCACCAUUCAUCCCGAAGUAUUUGUCCUCUCCUCGGUCUGUCUGUGUGGAUGGAACUAUAUAUCUGGUUGCUGACAACACUAAGAAAGUUUACUCUUAUGAUCCAGAGGCAAACAUGUGGCAGAAGGUCCAGCUCCUCCACAUGCUUCAUGAAAAUGGCGGCCUAGUGACGCUUGACGGAAAGCUAUUUGUCACCGGAGGUCAUUGGAAAGGUAUGGAGGGGGACUACGGGGUGGAAGUGGAGAUUUACAACCGAGCGUCCAACACCUGGGAGGUGGAGUGCUUCCUGCCAAAACUUUGGUUUUACAGCGGAGUCUGCACCAUCUUCCUCGAUCCGUCUCAGUGGCCUGAGAUUUUCCCCACAGAUUCAACAUAGCGGCCUCGUGAUGGAAGGAGUUCACAGAGACAUGCUACUAUGAUAUGUUACAGUGCAAAUGGCAUGUUGAUCCCAGGAUGUCAUUGUGCUCUAGAAUAGUGUGUUACACUUGCUUACGUAGCUGCACAGCAGGUGUUUAUUUAUACUUUGUAUCAUGUGUUUGAGAUCUGAUUUCAAUUCUGUGCUAUCGAAUGGUGCUUGUGGAUCAUUAAAUCUUAAAGUUUGUAAAAAAAUAAAUAGUUUUUGAGGUAUUGUUUUGAUGAUGA